AUGUCCAUUGAUCAUUCCAUUGCAGUAUAUGAAUCAGAUAAAGUUUGUGUUCGAAAUGGGAAGACAGUGUUUGUCAUGGAUACUAAUGACACACUACCUUGUUUUACACAUCUACGCUUGUAUGACAAUUAUGCUACUACACCAAGUAGCAUUAAACAAGAACUUCAACAACACAGGGGAGAUAACCUACUUUCAAAUCAACUUUCUCGCAUUGCUGGAGGUUCAAACAGUGGUCGACUUGAAGUUUAUCAUAAUAGACUAUGGGGAACGGUUUGCGAUGAUCAUUUUGAUUUAAAUGAUGCGCACGCGGCAUGUAGAAUGAUCGGAUUCAGUUCCGCAGAAAGUUUUUAUACAGCUGGCUACGGUAUUGGCCAAAUAUGGCUUGAUGAUAUUGCUUGCUAUGGACAUGAACACUCAUUGACAGACUGCAUACAUCCAGCAUGGGGUCAACAUAAUUGUGGUCAUGUGGAAGACGUGGGAAUUAAUUGUGUGGAAGCUCGUAUUGAUGGUGGUUCAAACAGUGGUCGACUGGAAAUUAAUUAUAAUGGAAUAUGGGGAACCGUAUGUGAUGACACUUUUGACUUAAAUGAUGCUGAUGUAGCAUGCAGGAUGAUCGGAUUCAGUUCAGCAGAAAGUUACUUUACAUCUGGAGGUGGAAGUGGUCAAAUAUGGCUUGAUGAUAUGGCUUGCUAUGGACAUGAAAUAUCAUUGACAGAAUGCGUCCAUAAGGCCUGGGGACAACAUAAUUGUGGUCAUGGAGAAGACGUAGGAAUUAAUUGUGUUGAAGCUCGCUUUGUUGGGGAAUCAAACAGUGGUCGACUUGAAAUUUAUCAUAAUGGACUAUGGGGGACGAUUUGCGAUGACACUUUUGAUAUUAAUGAUGCACAUGUAGCAUGCAGGAUGAUCGGAUUCAGUUCUGCAGAAAGCUUUUAUACAGCUGGCGGAGGAAGUGGACAAAUUUGGCUUGAUGAUAUUGAAUGCUAUGGACAUGAGUAUUCUUUAACGACCUGUACUCAUGCGGCAUGGGGUGAACAUAAUUGUGGUCACGACGAGGACGUCGGUGUUAAUUGUGUAGAAGGUACUGUUUCACUAAACAUACUGGCCUCAUUAAGUUCAGCAGAAAGUUACUUUACAUCUGGAGGUGGAAGUGGUCAAAUAUGGCUUGAUGAUAUGGCUUGCUAUGGACAUGAAAUAUCAUUGACAGAAUGCGUCCAUAAGGCCUGGGGACAACAUAAUUGUGGUCAUGGAGAAGACGUAGGAAUUAAUUGUGUUGAAGCUCGCUUUGUUGGGGAAUCAAACAGUGGUCGACUUAAAAUUUAUCAUAAUGGACUAUGGGGGACGAUUUGCGAUGACACUUUUGAUAUUAAUGAUGCACAUGUAGCAUGCAGGAUGAUCGGAUUCAGUUCUGCAGAAAGCUUUUAUACAGCUGGCGGAGGAAGUGGACAAAUUUGGCUUGAUGAUAUGGAAUGCUAUGGACAUGAGUAUUAUUUAACGACCUGUACUCAUGCGGCAUGGGGUGAACAUAAUUGUGAUCACGGAGAGGACGUCGGAGUUAAUUGUGUAGAAGCUCGCAUUGUUGGAAGUUCUAAUAAUGGUAGACUUGAAAUUUAUCACAAUGGACAAUGGGGGACUGUUUGCGAUGACUAUUUUGAUUUAAAUGAUGCACACGUAGCAUGCAGAAUGAUAGGAUUCAAUGCAGCAGAAAGUUUUAACACGAUUGGAAAUGGGGAUGGUGAAAUAUGGCUAGAUGAUAUGGAUGGUGAAAUAUGGCUAGAUGAUAUGGAUUGUGAAGGAUAUGAAUACUCGUUGACGGACUGUACUCAUACAUUAUGGGCUGACCAUAACUGUGAUCAUGGAGAAGACAUCGGAGUUUAUUGUGUUAAAGUGAGAAUGAACGGAAAUCCAACAAACCUAGCAAAAGAUGAAAAUGGAAACUCAUUUAGCAUGAGGAAAAUCACGUUCUGGGAACUUUACGGUGUCAAACGUUUUCCAUAUCGUGGAAAGCGUAAAUAUACACCAUUACUUAGCCAAUCCUUUGAUGGAGGGAUGAUUAUCUCAAAUGAUGUCUUUGGGUUAACAAUCAGACAAUUUGAAAGAAUGUAUAAAGCUUGUUUGGAGAGAAGAAAAACACAUGAACAGUGGAUUAUUAACCUGAGAUAUCCUGACAAAUCUUCAAAUGAAUAUCUGGAAUACUUAGAGAACUGUACAGACUGUCAUAAAGGUAAUAAUUAUGAUUUGUCAAUAUCUCAUUCUCUAGACGAUCACACGUGGCUUCAAGGUUUUGAUAUAUGA